AUGUCUAACAUUUAUUAUUUCCCUGUUCUUCUGCCUUACACAUCUAACAUUUAUUGUUUCCCUGUUUUUCUGCCUUACAUCUUUCUCUCUCAUUUAUUUCACUUUUCUCCCAUAUUUCCCUGUUUUUCUGCCUUCUUUUAUUUCCCUGUUUUUCUGUCGUGUUAUGUCCUACUUUUCCAUGACUAUUGUUUUCCUUUCAGAGCUGAGGCUGUUAUACACCAUUUAUACUUGUUUCAUUCUUGUAUAAUAUGCCCUAUUUUGACUCUUUUCAUUUUUGACUUCCGUUUAUAUCUUUUAUUUCUUUUACCUUCUCUUUUAUUCUUUCUUACACUUACCUUCACUCUCAUAGGUUUUAUUUCUUCUCUAUUUUUCUAUAAUUUCUCUCUUUUUCUCUCUGAGAUUUCCUUUAUUUCGCCUCUCUUAAAUUUUCAUUAUAUCAAUAUUUCUUUUUUUUAUAUCACUUUUCUCUCUUGCCAUUUUCUCUAUUAUAUUUUCUUUCCUUUCUUUCUCUUUCAAUUAUUUACAAUAUUAAAUUUUAUUUCUUCUCCAUUGGCCAUUCACUCUACUCUCCUUCAUUAUCACUCUUACUUUUCUCCUAUAUUUUCUCUUAAUUUUUCUUACUGCUGUUUUAUUUAUUUCUUACACACUUUAACCUGCGCCUCUUUCUUUAUCACUCUCAAUUUUUCUCACUUAUUCGCUUUUAUUUUUCUUUCUUUCGGGUAUUUUUUAAUUAGUCAUUCUCUUCUUAACCCUUCCUUUAUUUUUCUUUCUGAAGAUUUAUUUAUUACUUAUUCUCUCUUAAACGUUUCCUAUUUCUGUAUCAUUCUUUCUUUUUCUCACUUAUACGCUCUUAAUGUUUCUUUAUUAUUUAUACUCUAUUAUCAAUCCCUCUUUUUUUAUUCUCAAUUUUCUUACUUUUUUUCUCUUAUUUUCUUAGUUUUUAUAUCUCUCUUUCUUUCUUUCUUUCUUUCUUUUUUAUUCCUUUUUCUUAUUUAUAUUUUCCUCUUUCUUUUUCUUCUUGACGUUGAUCCCUCUUAUUUUUCUCUUAUAUUUUUAAGUUUUCUUUCUUAA